AUGCAUGGGAGUGGUGGACCUCCAAGCUCCAAAUUGACAGGGCACAUUGACAGGGCACGGGAAGGAAGGUUAUUCAAUGACUGGCACUACUUUACAGAGUGGCUGUCAGAACAAUUCAAUCCCCGGAAUGCUAGAAUGGAAGCCUACAACAAGCUGUUGGCUCUCAAACUCACUAGCGAUGCACCCAGUGCUGCCACCUGCCAUGUGGAACAUUUCAGAGACCUGGAGGGACAAGUCAAUCUGGAUGAUAAUGAACUCAUCAUUGACUUGUUCCGAGGCAGUCUCACAUGUAGUCUGCAAGAAAAGUUUGAGCAUAACCCACCUGCAAAGAGGAAUCCAACCAACGCCACCUGCUCAGAGUUCAUUCCCCAUUCAGCAACUGGCACAAAGAAACUCCGCUUGUACGCCGGCACCAAUAACAGCAGGAAGCCCAAGCAGACCAACCAAUUGGCUGCUACCUCAGCAUGCUGGCUUGUCCAUAGUUUCAGAUUCCUUUAUCAAUCGAUUCAUGGUGUCACCAGACACCAGCUCAUUAUCAAUAGCGCCACGACCAUACAGGUGGUUAUUGGCAAGCACAGCCUAGGAGUAGUCGAAGUAUCGGUAGCCGAUACCGCUGACUAUGACCUUAUAUUGGGAUUCACUGAGCUUAGAAGGCUCCAGCCCACCAUACGAUGGGACACAGGCCAACUAGAGUUCAAGUCCCAGGACCGGAAACGACCCCCUGAAGCUGCCGCAACUAGGGGCUUACAAUCAAAAGUGUCAAAAUCGGUCAUAGUAGCAGAACUGUCACAGAAUUCGAUGAAAGCUGCUGUAACAGGCGGGCAAAAACAGGAGCUUGCCAUAAGAGAUAGCUUAUCACCGAUUCCAACGAAAUCUGUGGCAAUGGGCUCUAACAAAGAAAAAAUGGCACAACCAACCAUACAUGGAAAUGAGUUCAUCUCAGCGAAGCACUUACUUCAGGCAGCUUUAGAGGAUGGACCCAUAGGGUUCAUGUUAUUGGAAGUACCACCCUCAUCACUCCCGGCCUUCGGUUUCGUUCCUACCAGUGCCGAUAAAGGAGUAGAGAUGGAGGUUGAGAUUGAGAAGAAGGUGACAGCAGCAGAUAUACCAAAGCCAUACCAACACCUUCGUGAUGUGUUUGACAAGGUGGAAGCAGACAGGCUUCCCCAGCAUACCAAACAUGAUCUUCACCUUGAACUAAUGGAAGGAAGUCAACUGCCUCAGGGCCCGCUGUAUCUCAAAGGGCCUAAAGAAAUGUCUGAAUUGAGGAAGUAUCUGGAUGAGAACCUUGCAAAGGGGUUCAUACGACCGUUGAAGAGUCCAGCAAGGUCACCUGUGCUCUUCGUACCUAAGAAAGAUGGAGGCCUCAGGCUUUGUGUGGACUAUCGGGGACUCAAUGAGAUUACUGUCAAGAACAGGGCUCUGUUGCCCCUCAUUGAGGAGCAACUGUUCCUGCUCCAAAAGGUGAAGAUCUAUUCCAAGCUAGAUCUCCGAGCAGCAUACAACCUCAUUUGCAUCGCAAAAGGAGAUGAAUGGAAAACAGCAUUUGGUACACAAUUGGGACUAUACGAGUACCUGGUGAUGCCAUUCGGGCUUGCAAAUGCACCAGCUCAUUUCCAAUCAUUCAUCAAUGUCAUCUUCUGA